CGGAAUACUACGUUCACCCCCAACGUCCGAAUCCCGACAAACGGAUCCUCGACGUGACCCCGGAUAUAAUCCUGGUCAAUUCAAGAUGCGCUUCUGGGUCGGAUGGGCACUCUGGGAGAAGCUAAGUUUCGUGCUCGCGGGUCUUCUGGCCAUCGUCCUGAUCUAUUCGUUCUGCGUCCUCGCGUACAAUCGCAGGGUGACAAAGAAGUAUGCCGCUGCCGAAGAACGUGAGAGGGCAGAACAGGCCACCGAGAUGCAGCGGAUAUUGGCCGAAACAACUGAUAUACCCUUUGGCGCUAGAGCGUUGGAAAAGGGCAUCCAGGUUGAAGGCAUCUGGACUCCUAAGGAAUACUCGCCGAGGCAGUCUGUCAUCGUGCCAGAAGAGCCACCGUCACCCGCAAUCCCCAGUCCCGUACAAAGCCAGCCAUCACUAGUGCCUACAAGUGGCGUCCAGAGGCCGACGAGAUCGUAUCAGUUGGCGCCGAAGCCCAGCUUGCUCAGUCCACGCAUUUCCAUGAAGAUUCCAGAUGUCGAGCUCGGGACGGAGGCGAUGCGUGUGUUUACCGCAAACAAUGCACCACAACCGACUGUGCGAAUGAACUGCGAGGCUGAGAUUCCCCCUGAUUCAGGGAGGAAGAGGCGAUCGAGAGGAUGGUUCAAUCCCCGGAACUCAUGGGUGAGGAAGCCGUUUGACAGCUACAAGCGCAUGUCGAGACACGAAGGACAUCCAGGACACCGUCGAACUUCGUCGGAAAGCUUCAGACGCAGGAUCAGCAAGCUGAUCGAUGAGAGUAUUCAGACAGGCUCGACCGAAGCAUACCAGUUGAGACCAAUUAAUCAGGGAGCAGGAGACAAGGAGACCGUGGACAGUCCCCAGAAGCGGUGA